AUGUAUUAAUAAAAUUGGUAAGUGGACAGAUAUUAAGAUGAAAUAUUUCUUGAUAAUGAUGAAGUAUUUUAAGAAGAUGAUGUACCAACUAUAUUUGAUAUAGUAUAUAGAGAAGUGGGGUGUAUUCUACUAAAAUAUACCAACCUAAAUCUUAUAACUUGCCCUAAUACUCUUCAUUAUAUAACCUUAAAAUUCAAUAAAGAUGAACCAUUAUCAUUUCUCUUUCAACCCAACUAUAUUUUAGUUGAAUAAUUAGCAGUAAAUCCAGCUUUAAAAGAGAUAGCUGAUUAACUCUAAAUUGAGGAUUUAAUUAAUCAUAAUUAAAAUGAUCCUGAGUAUUUUUAAGACUAUAAUUAACAUUUAAUAGAAGAAAUAUUUAAAUCUCAUUUAAAUUAAGUUUAAGAAAUAUUUUUAAGAUAAAUUGAACUACUUUAAGAAUAAACAAAAAGAUCUUAAGUUAAUUAAGAACUUUAAUAAAUAUUUUAAGAUAUAUAGUUUUAAUUUCCAUUAAAAUUAGAAUUGAAAAAUCCUGAAUUACCUGAGAAUAAAAUUAAAUAUAAAUUAUUUGAAUCUCUUUAAUAAUUGUAAUUUAACUAUUUGAAUUCUUAAUGUCAAAUUAAUAAAUCUAUUAAAUUAGAAUGCUCAGAAAAUGCAUAACAGUUUUCAGGAUAAAAAAAUCAAUAGGAAUGCAUUUAAUUGAUAACAUAGAUUUAACCAUUAGUUAUUAGCUCUUUAAAUAAAGAGAAAAUUAAAACAAUAUUAAAUUGGUUAAUUUAAUAACAGAUUGCUAUACCUGAAAUCAUACUUUGUGCUGAAUUGAAAAAUAGAGGAAAUGGAAUGAAUUUAACUUUUAAUCCUAAUUAAUAGAUUUUGAAUAUAUGUGCAUUUUAUUAUAACUCAUUUUGUUAAGCUCAUCAAUUUUAAUUAGAAACUAAAACUAUUAAAGAAGAGAACACCGAAGAAGCUAAAACUUAUUAAGAAUACCAAGUUGGAAAAGUAAAGAUUAAAAUUACAGAAUAUUAUUUAUUGAUAAGGAUGAUAGAUUUGGUUGUUCAAUAAAAAGAAACUCUAAAAGCAAAAAUCAUUUAAUAAUUCAAAUAUUCUUAAUUAAUUAAUUAGAUUAAAAAACUGUCAAGGGUUUAAGAAACAGAUGCUCAUUUCAGGACAGUAAAAUAAUUCAUAGAAAAGUUAGAACAAAUUUUACUUAUUUAUGAUGAAUCUCAAAAGGAUAUACAAAAAGAAUUCAUAAAUCAAGUUGAGAAAAAUAAUUAAGUUUAAUUAGAUAAUUAAAGUGAAAACGAUGAUGAAAAUAAACCAAUAAAAUCUUAAAAAAGAUAUUACAGGUUACUUAAAUUAGUUGUUAAAUUAAUAUUGAUAGAAUCAAUUGAACAAUAAAUACCAAUUCCUGAGAUUAUGACUUGUUUAUGGUUUAAAAAACAUAAAGAAAAAAUAGUAGAAGGCUAAUUAAUUAAUUAAAAUUCUGUUUAAAUAUUACCUUCUAAAUAGAGAUUGAUUCCAUUUAUAUAAAAUGAUCAAAGAUUGAAGCUUAAAUAAUAAUAAGUAAAAUUAUAAACUCUUUUGGAGUUGCCUGAUACAGCUACUUAAGAAUUACAAGAUUUUGAAAAUUUUCUCUAAUAAUUUAAUAUUGAAAUUAAAUAUGGAAGAGAUGUGGUUCUCAUUGAAAAAAUACUUAUUAUUGUAAAUGAUAAGAAAGAAAAUAUCUAAGAUCAAUUAAUAUAAGUUAUGAGUGAUUAUUAAAAAAUUGAGAAAUUAAAAGAUUAAUUGAAAGAGAAAUUAAUUUUGCUUCCUAAAUUGAGAACAAAAAAAACUCAAAUUAAUGAUAAACCUAUAUUAGAAAAUAUUAUAAAUAUAAUAGAUAAUUUAUAAUCAUAUAUCAGUUAAAUUAAAAAGAUUAUGCCUUGCUUAAUUACAAAAUAAAUAAAUAAUGUUCCAAAAACCUAAUUAUAAACUAUUUAAAGUUAAUAAAAUUAAUAAUUUGAAAAAUUAGAUAAAGAUGGCUUGAAAGUAUUUAUAUUAUGUGGAUUAAUUACUUUAAUUGAUAAUGAAGUACCUUUACCUGAAUUUAUAUAAUAUUUAGGAAUAAAAAAUAAAACAUAAAAAUUUAGUCUUUAAAUUAAUAAAAAUCAAAAAUUAUAAGAAUAUAUAACAUUAUAAAUGUAAUUCCAUAAAGUAGAAAUAACUGAUUAAAUAGAGAGUAAGUUGCUGAUUAAAAAAAUAAAGAUUUAAGAAGGUGAAAAUAUCCUUAAAAUUUCUAGUAAGGAGUAAGUUUCAGAACCUUAAUUAAUUAUAAGAGCGUUGAAACUAAUUACUAAUUGCUAGAUGACAAAAUAGUUAUCAGAAAUAUGGUAGAAACCAUCAGUAUUGAAUUUAAAAAAUCAAGUUUAUAAAAAUUGUUUGAAAAAAAACAAAAAUGAUACUACAAUAGGAUAAAUAAAAAAUUUAUUUUAUAAAAUUGAUAAUAAAUAUGAAAUAUUUAAUAAUGAUUAAUAAUGA